AUGAACUAUACGAUAAACGAUCGAAUAUCCACAAUCGACAAUGAACUAGCAACUAUCAAAUACAUCGGUCCAUUACCAGCCUGGGGUCCCACCACAAUUGCACUUGGACUCGAAUGGGAUAAUUCCGAACGAGGUAAAAACAACGGUGACGUAAAUGGUAUCCAAUAUUUCCAACCGACUAUACCCAAUUCAGGCUCAUUCAUUAAAUCUACCAAUAAGAAAUUACAACAUGAACGAAAAUCAUUCAUAUCGGUUAUCCGAUCAGAAUAUUUGGAUGUUGAAUAUGAGAAUCAACAAUUAUCAUUUAGUCAACAGAAAGUAGUUGAAGAAAUUGGGUUUGAUAGACAUAAUUUAAUCUUAGCCAAUUUGACCAAUUUGAAAUCAAUUACGUUGGAUUAUAAGUUGAUAAAUAGAGCGUAUGAUAUGGAAGAGGAUUACCAAGAUAUAUUUGGAAGAUUUGAGAAUUUGGAAAGGUUGGAGAUUAGUUUUAAUUUAUUUAAUGAUAUUGAAGAAGUGUGGAAGAUUGUGAAUUGGUUACCUAAAUUGAAAGAGCUUAAUAUUAAUGGGAAUAGAUUUUCGAAGUUUUCUUAUGAGGAUGAAGUGCAUACUGGACUUGUUAGUUUGAAAUUAUGUAAUACUUUGGUUUCAAUUGAUACUUUGAAUGAAUAUAUUCUACCUAAAUUCCCAAAUCUACAAGAACUUUGUAUUGCUGGUAAUCAUUAUACAGAUAAUGAUAUUGCCCAAUUGAAGCUCCCUCCUAAAUUGAAUACGUUAGAUAUUGCAUAUAACAAAAUCGAAUCAUUCCCACAAAUUGAUCAAAUCUCAAAGCUUAAUGUUUCCCAUAAUAAUAUAACCCGGUUUACAAAUGGGAAUACUCUCCCACAAUUGAAAAUACUCGAUAUGAGACACAAUAAGAUUAACAAUUGGGAUGAUAUAGAUAGGUUAUCCAACUUAGCACCCAUUUUAGAAUCUUUAAGAAUUAAUUACAAUCCGAUAUUUGACAAUAUAUCGGUCGAUGAAAUGACUUUACAAUUAAUCGCACGAUUUUCAUGUCAAGAUUACAAGAACCAUUCACCAGGCAAGAUUUAUAAAUUAAAUGAAGAAUUGUUAAACAAUGCUGAGAUUGAAAAUUUUGAAUUGUAUUUUAUAUCAAAAGUUCAAUCCGGGGUAUAUUGUAUGAGUAACCAGCUCAGAUGGCAAUAUUUGUUAGAGAAAUAUCAACAACAGGAAUCGAGAAUGAGUCUAGAAAGUGAAAAACUAAAGAGGUGGGUUAGAUUACAGAUUAAUAUUCCGGGGAAAGAACCCCAAUCUCGAAUAUUCCUGAAUUCAAAUUCAAUUCUAAGACUAAAAGGUGUGAUAUCUCAGCUUCAUUUAGACAAUUUAUCAAUUCUUGAGUUUGAAGUGUAUUAUUACAUUAAUCACCCUUCAUCAACAAUACAAAUCAAGCAAGAAUUAAAUGAUUAUCUAACUACAUUAGACAUGUAUUCCUUGCAUCAAAAUCAAAAUAUUUAUAUUACAUUGCUAUAG